GUGUUGGAAAAUCAUGUUUAUUGUUACAGUUCACAGACAAGCGGUUUCAGCCAGUCCAUGAUCUCACUAUUGGUGUAGAAUUUGGGGCUCGAAUGAUAACUAUUGAUGGAAAACAGAUAAAGCUUCAGAUAUGGGAUACGGCAGGGCAGGAGUCCUUCCGUUCCAUUACGAGAUCAUACUACAGAGGGGCAGCAGGAGCUUUACUAGUGUAUGACAUCACAAGGAGGGACACUUUCAACCACUUGACAACUUGGUUAGAAGAUGCUCGUCAGCAUUCCAAUUCCAACAUGGUUAUAAUGCUUAUUGGAAAUAAAAGUGAUUUAGAAUCUAGACGAGAAGUCAAGAAAGAGGAAGGCGAAGCAUUUGCACGAGAGCAUGGACUUAUCUUUAUGGAAACAUCUGCCAAAACUGCUUCCAAUGUAGAGGAGGUAACUUUACUGAACACCA